AUGUGGCCCCUCGAUCCGGAGUCGCUGCUCAACGUCGCCAGCGCCGACGACGACUUCAAGCAGCGCAUCCGUCAGAUGCCGAAGUAUUGGGAGACGGUCGAUACGGUCUUCGAUGGCUACAUUAUCGACUACCACUUUGUCACCUUUGCCGACGCCUCGAUCCUGCUGAAAAACGCGACGAUCGCCCGGGAGAACAAGGAGUACCUUGAGCAGAUGCCCGUCUGCCGUCGCAUUCAAGACAUGCCGCUCGAACUUCUCCGCAUCGUCGCUGACGGGCUCGACCAUUGGGACUACUUCAGCGCGCUCAAGGCCGUGCCGCGCUUCAUCCACACCGGCCGAUACGUCACCGAUUUCGCGCUGAGCCGCGUGACGGUGCGCGGAAUCCCGAGGGCCGACGGGACCAAGGAGACGCAGAUCAAGAUCGACCACGUCCAGUACGACGCGCAGACGACGGCCUGGCUGCUUGGCCGCGCCGAGCACGUUUUCAUCAUCCUGUUCGAUCCGACCAUCACCGAAUUCCCCGACGUCCGCCUGCCGUGCUGCGAGACCUGGAAGUUGCUGCCGGUUGAGACGGACGGCCCGACCUGGCCCGGCCUGGUCGACAAGUUCAAGAAGGCGUGCCGUCGGACCCUGCACCUGCGCGGUCACCCCUACUUCGAGGCGGGCCCGUGCUGGGCGAGCCUGCUCCAGCAGGCCGGCGCCACCGACAAGCGCCUGAUGGGAUGGGUGUCGGUUGAGGUAAAGAAAGUCGGCGUCGAGCACCUGCCCUACCUGCUCCCCUUCAACGGCCCGAAGCUGACCCUCACCUGGUCGCCCCGUCAGCCUCCAGAAGACCACCAGGCCCUGUGGCACUUCAUCGAGGCCGCCAUCGCCAUGCCGCUUGGGCGCGGGCAGCGCAUCAAGGUGAACUUCGUGCCCGAGCUACAGCCCGAGACGUUGAGCCCGCAGAUGUUCGUCGGCAUCAUGAUGAAUGAGGGGCGUGGAAGGGACGACGACGAGAUGUACUGGAUCAUCGACAACGACCGUGCCUUCUCCAUUCACAUUGAUCGCCGCAAGCUGAGGGUCCAGGGCGAGAAGCCGCGUCGCCCGCCGCGUGAUCAGCAGCAUGCAGCUGCUCGUGUACGCAUGGACACCCCGAGGCCCAACAUGCGA